GGAGACGUGCCAGUCACUAGUGUUACAAUUGGUUAUGGUUUCAUUCAUUCUGUUGAUGCAGAGUUGAGUAGAGAAAUAGCCAAUGAGCCAAUGUAUUUUUUUUUAAUUAAUCAGGCCACAUUGGAACCACGGACAUAUUGAAAACAAUUUAUUGGAGAAAUGUAUAUACGUCAGUAAUGCAGAAUCGACUACUCGUCAGGUGGCACGUCGACACCGAAAUAAAAUUAGUUUCAAGAAAAUCAGCCCGAUGGCAGUCUCCCUACUCAAUGUCCUUGCUCAUCUCUGGUAAAAGCACAAUCUAUUCUGAUACACGUUGCGAUCCAACCAAUCGCGAGUGGCGAUACUAACGCUCCCUUAAGGUCACAUUCAAACAAUUUUCAGUUGAACUGUUGUGCUUCGCCGUUGUAACAGCAGUAAUAUUUAAAUACUUGGUUUUGUUAGAAUUUCGUUAGAAAGAUGAACGACUUCCAACAGCAAUAUAAAAAGAAGGGUAUUGGCUUUGGGAAUACUGGGGAUGCUCGUAUUUUACGAGCGAUAAAAGUGCAGGAUGCCAGAAGGUUAACGCGAGCUCAAAAAUUCGCUCAGAAUAGGGAUUUACAGAAGGAUGAGGAAAACAGCAAUUCACAGAAGGAGAGCCGCCUGGUAAAACUUUUAAAAUGGCAAAAGGAACGUGAAAAAUUGAAGAAAUUAAACGAAGUUAAGAAAAAGCCUGUGUUUAAAGUUGGAAUUGUACAUCAUAAGCUUUAUUCACCUAUACAAGAUUCAAAGAGUAUACCACAGACAGAACACCAUCCUGAGGCAGUAAAACCAUCAUCGUCAGCACCAACACAAAGAAUAACCAGAGCUACUGAAAAGAGAUUAGCUAGAAAGUUAGCUGUUCAGCCAAACCAAAUCCAACCAAAAGGAAAGGUAAUACAAAGAAAGAAGAAGAUGAUGUCGUUUGCACCAGAAAACUAUACAUUUAAAGGUCCUGUAGGCUUGACAAAUGUACCUUUAUUUGGUCGAGCUGCUCUAAAUAAGGAAAAGGGAGAGCCGAUCAAAAUAUCACCUUGGCGAAUACAUAUUCAUGGAAGUUCAAGUGAUAAAAUAUCGCAGAAAUCCACAAUGGACUCUGAAGUUUUAUUUGGGCAAGCUGCCUUAAAUGAUAACAAAUCAAUAGGAAAGUUCCCAGAACCUUCCAAUGAAGUACUCGCAAACGAGAUGUUAUCAAUGGCGGACAUGAACACAAAAUUGUCUAUUAUGAAAACACCAUAUAAAAGUGGUAGCGAUCUAAGAUAUACGUCGUCUACUAGUUCCAUUGAAUCUAUUACAUUGAGAUUAUCUCCAGAACAACUGGAAACAUUGGACUGUCCAGAAAAAAGAACAAGUCCAUGUAAAAGAAAUACGCCCACUAACGAUGUCAUAAAUAAUAUUAAGGAUAAUCAUGCAAUGUCACCAGCAUUUUUCUCACCUUACAUUGUCAGCAGUCGUGGGAAAAAUAACGCAAGAAAGGAACAACAAAUCCGACGAGGAAUGGGGAAUUCGCCAUCAGAAAUUCCUACAAAGGAAACAGUGAUGCAAAAUCUAAAUAUAUCAAUAGAAGAAGAGGAGCGUACUGCUCAGUACUUCAAGUUUAUUUUGGACCGUGAAGCAACAAGAUUAACUGAACUUUGUCAAAAGUGGUCCGAUAUAAAAAUCAAUGUGCCAGAAGAUGCAAGUUAUCAAAUAAUGCAAGCCAUUGGUCAAACAAAUUUGUUAAUGAACAAAAAGUUCCAGCGGUUCCUCAAUCUCGUUCAAGAUUGUGAAACCGGAAAAGGUGAAAUGUUAGUCACUUGCAAGGACUUACAAGGCUUCUGGGACAUGAUGUAUAUGGAAGUAAAGGAUUGUGAGAGUCGAUUUGCCAAACUAGAGGAACUCAGAGCCAAAGGAUGGGUGGAAGAUGAACCUGAACCUGUUCGAAAAGUUGUAAGGAAAAAGGGACCUGUUAAAAGAAAAGUUACUGCUCCAAUAUCAAAACAGAGUUCAAUACGAGAAAUGAUAGCAGCUGCAAGGAAACAAAAAGUUGCUGCUCAGGAAGACAGUGACAUAAUAAUUGUAGAUAAAAAAAGAUUAGAUCCGACAUUUCCAAAACUAUCACCCCUAAAAGCGAAUGAUAACAGGGAAAUCAAUGUUUUGAAACCAGCUUUAAAAAAAAUGGUUGAGCAUAAUGUAUCAACUCCCUCUACAGAUUUUAAACGCAUGAGCAUGUUACAAAAGGUACAAUUGUCGACAGAAAAGAAAUAUAAAAGUCCAUUAACAAUUAUGAAAGUGAGUCAAAUGUGUAAAACUCCUGAUGUUCAGUUAGAUCAUUCAAUAACAUAUGUAAACUCAGAUCAGACACCAGGUCGAAGUAUAUUGAAAAGAUCGGCCGUGUUAAAAGAUGAACUUUCACGUGAUAAAUCAACUUAUAAAGUCAAUUUUAAUGAUACCAUAAUAUGUAACGAGAUACCAGUCGACGAGGAGGCGCAACGUAAAUUAGAUUUAGCAGCUAGAUUAUCUAUGAUAGAUUCUUUGGACUUUGACAAUUUCCACAAGCCAGUUGCUGAUUCUCCUAACACUUCAAUAGUUUUAUCUUCACAAGGAGCAAAUUUUGGUUGCGAGAAUUAUUACGAAGUACGAGCAGAAAAGAAGCUUGAUUUUACAGACGAUAGUUUUGAAGAAAUUGAUCAGCCGAAAACUAAUCGAAAUAUUGAAGUGCAAGAUACAAAAGUAAACAAUGAUAUUGAAGAUGAUUGUAUUGCAGACAUUCCUAAGAUGGUAGAAUUGACAAGUAAAACAAAUUCUAAAUUAAAAAAUAAGGUAUUAAAACGUCAGGAUGCUAUAGAUUUACCAGAUGACUUUAUCAAUGAGAAACCAGAAGUACUACGAACGCUAAGAAACAGAACCAUUAAAGCAGGUGACACACCUACAAGAAAACAUAUAUCGAGAAAGCAGGUGAUUUUAUCUCAACACACAGAAGCGCAUGAUAAAUUAGAGGAUAGCGGACAGAAGGAAAAUACGAGUCCUACAAAGUCAAGACGAAAAAGUUCCAUGAAGAAUACACGAACACAGAAGUUGAAUUCGCAGGACGAUGAAACAGAAGAAACCAUAGAUGGGAGAGCCAAGUCCAUUUUGUUAAAAACUAAUGAGAAUCUUGAUGUAUGCGAGAAAACAAGACGUUCGACGCGAAAGAGUAUUCGAUUUACUGGAGAAGAAUGUAUGGUAUGCGCGGAUAGUAAACCUACAUUGCCAAAAACACCUAACGUUCGACGGCAAACACCACGACGAUCUAGGAAGAUCAGUUUGUUACCAAUGGGAUCGGAAGAUCAAGUAAGUACAAGUAACACAGAAAGCGCAGAUCUCAUCUCCUGGGACUCGCCAGUAACGCGUUCAUCAGCAAAACAGAAGAAGUAAAAAUUUAACUGAACAUACUUACUCAAGUUCUUGACUUCGUACAAUUUUAUAUUUUCAACUUAUUUAUACAAUAAAGACGGUUCAUUUUAAAAUUCUUAGUAA